GGGAAAAGGAUCUGACCGUUUAUAUCCAGCCCAAAGAACCAUAAAACCCUUGGUGGAAGAAAGCGGCGUGCGAGCGGCGGGAUCCAUUCUUGCGGCGUUUGAUCUUAGGAGAGAUGCCUACCCGCAGGAAAGCCGCGGCAGCAGCGGCAGCCGCCCAAGCUCCAGCUCCGGCGAUGGAGUCCAACAAGGAAAAUGUGGCCGAGGGAGCUGGGGCUCCAGUGCCGGUGUCUCCGCCCAUGAGGGCGGCUGGAAAGGGGCUUAAGAGUGCCAGGAACUGGGAGGAGGAGCUGGAGACGAUGACCCAGAAGCUCAACAAGAUGAGGCUUGAGAAGGAGGAAGUCCAGAAACUCGUCCUGGAGCAGGGCGCCAAGAUCAAGGAGCAGCACGAUCGCAUCGCGAUGCAAAGCAAGGAGCAUGAGAAGCUCCAGGAGAAGAUUAGGAAGCUCGAGAAGGUCAAGGAGUUCCAGCCAAAUCUUAGCAUCCCUUUGCCAGACGAGUCCUCCGACGAUUCGAAGGGAAAGAAGAAGAAAAAUGACCCCGAGAGAAUUAAAAAGCCUCUUAGUUCGUACUUUCUUUGGUGUAACGAUCAGCGUGAGAAGGUGCGCGCGCAAAAUCCCAACGCUGGUAUUAAAGAGCUGAGCUCCAUUUUUGGCGAGCUCUGGAAAUCUGUUUCGGAGGAGGAGAAGAAGCCAUACGAAGAGAUUUACCAGAAGAACAAAGAAGAGUACCUGAAGCUUGUCGGCAAGGAGAAGAGAGAAGCCGAGGCACUUAAGCUUCUACAAGACGAGAAAAACAGAAAGCUUUCGAAGGAAAUUCUGGACCAAUUUAUGGAAUAUAAAAAGGAAAUCCAAGCCCAGGCGAAACCAAAAAAGAAGGAGAAGGACCCGGAAAAGCCAAAAAGGCCCACGACUGGCUACAUGGCUUACUCAGAGGAACGAAGGCCCGCUUUGAUGAAUGAGAAUCUCAAGGUCCCACAGAUAGGAAAAAUACUUGGCGAAGAAUGGCGAAGCAUGGAUGAAAAAGCACGUGCACCUUAUGAGAAGAUUGCUACUGACGCAAAGGCUACAUACCUCACUGAAAUGGAGGCUUACAAUAAGAAAAAAGCCCAGGAGGAAGUUGUCGCAGAGCAAGCUCUGAAAGAGAAGGCGAAAAGAGACAAGGUCUGUGGUUUGGAGCUGCUGAAGCAGAAAGAGAAGGAAGACGAAGUUAAGAAGGCAAUGAAAGCGGAGAAAGCACCACGCAAAGCUAAAGCCAAGACAGCCGAGCCAGGAAAACCGAAGAAGGCGGCGACGGCUUACAUCCUGUUUGGAAUGGAAUACCGGAAGAAGUUACAGGCCGAGAUGCCAACAGCGAAGUUCGCAGAGCUCACUGCGCUCGUUGCGAGCAAAUGGAACGAGAUGGGCGCCGAGGAGAAGCAGCCUUACGUCAAUCAAGCAGGCGUUGAGAAGCUAAAGUAUCAGGAAGCUAUGGAGGAAUUCAAGAGGCUCAGUCCAGAUCCCAAGGACGGAGCUACGACCUCCACAACUUAGCUUGAGAUUGCCUACUUUGCAAAAGCGUCCAUUCAAUGAUAGAUGUUGAAUGUGAUUGAUGUUAAAUUUCCAUCCACUCUUUGCUA